GUGAAACUCCCUGUGCUUGGUUUGGAGAAAACUUUUUUUUGGCGAAAUUUGCGGCAGGUCCGUCGACGACAUGGGGGACACGAGCCGAGGUCGACGCGCUCCGAACGCGCGGCCCGCCCGCGGCAAUGGCUAUAGCAACCAGUCGGCCAUCGCAGGCACGGGCAUCAAGAGCGGUAUGACCGUCGAGGACCUCAAGCGAUUGACGCAAAAACGCAUGCAAGAAGCCACGGUGGGCAUCGCGCCAGUGAUUACCGCCGAGGUUAUAACGCCCAAGGCCAAGCCUACGAUCGCUGUGCCCGUGGUGCCGCCGCCAUUUGUGCCGAAAACCGGCAUGACGGUCCAGGAGCUCAAGCAACUGACGACGCUGCGCCUCGCGCAGCAGAGCGUGGGCACGCCGACGCACCAAGCGCAAGCGGCUACGAACGAAUACAAACCUCCGAUGAACCAAUAUUACGCGCGCAACGUGACGGCGGGCAGCACGCCGACCUCGUCACCGGGUGGGACGCCGAAACGACAAACGAAUCGCUCGUCGUUUACGUCCGACAUUCCCACACCCAAGCAAGCCAGCAGGGCGGCGCCGCCGGCGGUGCAGCGAAAUGGCCAGGCCAAGCGCAUGCCCGAUGACCGCUCCAUGAUGUAUGCCAACCAUGGCGGAAGUCCCAGCCAACAGCAGCAGCAUCUCCAAGCAGCCUAUUCAUCGACGCCGCAAUACGAAAAGCCGUAUCCGUCCGCGAAUACAAUGGCGCACGACUACGCGUCGGUCAUGCGGCAGCAAAUGCAGUUUGAGAACGAGUCGUUUCCGCCGCCGCCACCCGUCGAUGACUCGGGCUCGUUCCUCUCGUCGUCGGCGAUGCCGUCGUGGUCGCCGCCCCCCGCACGGGUCAAGACCAUGGAGCCUGGUGGUCGCCCCGUGUCGCUGUAUGGUCAGUCGACGUUCUAUGUCCAGCCCAUGUCGACGUCGUCCGACGACGAGACACCGACGUUUCUCAGUCCGCCGCCGGGCCUCACGCGACGCCCGUCGAUGACGGUGCCGUGGCAAGUCGCCGAGUCGGUGCUCCACACGCCGCAGCAGCCGUCGACGCGCAAACAUAUCGGUGACAAGGUCAAGGAGACCAACUUGAGCCAAUUCUCGGCGCAAAAGCCGAUGCAGAGCCCGCCACGUAUGCCGUUGCACCGGUCGACGUCGUCGGCAGCGGCUGCGGCGGCCGCGGAGCUCAACAUGACGGGCCUUGUGCGCCAAAAGAGCAACGACGGUCCGCCGUCGCUCGGGCGCCGCGGCUCAUUUGGGAACGCGGCGCAGCUCUUCAAGUUUCGCCGACGCAGCAAGAGCCGCCUCGACGUGGCGCGGGACAUUGCGCUCAUGGAGCAAAACGAACACGAACGCAUGCUCUCGAUCGAGGAGAACAAGAUUCGGUCCAACUCGGACGACCUCGGGUCCCUCGACGAUGUGCAGCCCUACACGCCCGAGAUGGCCGACAAUGACUUUUUGCCCAUGUACAACCAGCGCUCGGUGCCGCGCCUCAACAUCCCGCCGCCGCCGCCGCCGAUGGACGACAGCAGCGACGAUGACGAGGCGUACCCGACGUCGCCAAGCCAGCUCCCGAUGAUGAGCCCGAAUGGCGCCAAGCUCCGCAAGGUCGCGCAGCUCGCGCGCAGCGGGACGCUCAGCAACGAAGACAAGACGCGCGCCAAGGACGAAAUCAUUCAAAACUCGCUCGGUCUCGGCGCGCUGAGCAUGCUCGAUGACGAGUCGACGUCCCGUGGCAUUGCGCGCGCCAAAGUGAGUCUGGAGGAGCGGCUCGCGCAGGCAGCGCAGCGCGUAGCCGACUGCGUCGCACGCGGCGACAUGGUCGAGUUCAACAAGGCGAUGACGGAGCUCGACAUGCUGCGCCACGAAGCGAGUCAGUUGAUGCAGCAAUGAGACAAUUUGUGUAUGGAGUCCAGAGACGUAGUCGUAUGAUGAGAUAAAAAAAGCGUCGUUUCAAAAAUCUACA